UGUGCUAAUUUAACCUACGAUGGACAGGAAAAGUUCUAUACUGCAGAAGCAACCAUUAAGUCAAUUGAUACAUCAGAUGAGUGGUAUUACAUAGGAUGCGGCAAAUGUAACAAAAAACUACAAAAAGAAGGGAAUCAUUUCUACUGUCCAAAAUGUGAGAAAGAACCUGAGAAGACAUGUCCAAGGUACAAACUUAAGCUAGAGAUAUGUGAUCAUACUGCAACAACAACUUGCACCAUGUUUGAGACAGAAGCAAAAAAACUGAUUAAGCAAUCUGCAAGAUUCUUGAUAGAUAGGGAUGACUGUGAUAUCCAUGAGCAGGCAGAAAAAUUUCAGAAAAUAUGUGGGCAGAGAUUGAUUUUUCAGUUCAGACAGAAUGACUAUAAUUUCAAGUACGGUUACCAAGAUUACACUCUUCAUAGAAUAUUUUUUAUGGACUCUGAAGAAGAUUCAUCAGUACAACACGUUAAUGUUGAACAUAACACUACGAAGGGCACUAAAAAGUCUAGGACUAGGAACACAUGUCGCGUUGUACAUUCUGAUGAAGAAUCAGAAGAGGAUAGCCAGGAGAAAGAUGAAUGCAAAUUGAAGGAAUCUAGCCCCAAAAGAAAGCGUACAAUAAGCAUUACUGGAGACGAAGAUUCCGAAAAAGAUGGAACUGAGAAUUAUUCAAAGACCAGCAUAAGGCUUACUGGUGUUGAUAAGGGAUCUAAGAAGAAAGGAAUUCAGAAUGAUAACCAUGAGCAAGUGAACAAAUUAUCACUUUCAAAAACUAUAAAGCAAGAAUCAGAGGAUGAUGAACUCACUAUUGACCAGACUAAAAGGGGUAGGAGAUGGAGCACAGGUCGUGCUGCACAUCUUGACGAUGAAUCAAAAGCUGAAAGUAGUCAGGAAAUAAACAAGUCCAAGUCUAUGGAAUCAAGCCCCAAGAGGAAGCGUGUUGUACGCAAAUGCGUCGGUGUUGAUCAGGAGCACAAUGAUUCAAGGCCUAAGACAAGGCUUAGUUGUGUCGAUAAAAAAUCACUGAGCAAAGGCAUUCAGAAGUCUGGUGUAUUAAGGACUCGAAAGACAAGUCGCUAAUCAGUGGAGAUCCGUUAAUUUAGGAUGUAGUACAAUAGAUGGGAGCAUCACAUUUGUACUUUAUGUGAACUUCGUCAUUGUUUAAGAUAUUUUUAAUAAACGUAAAGGCAUACCUUUGUGUUA